CACUGACGGUUCCGAAUCGCCCACAUUGGCUGAAUCCGAUGCAGAUGGUCACGACAAGCCACGCGUUAAAUAUGGUGAAUUAGUUAUAUUGGGCUACAAUGGUUAUUUGCCACAGGGCGAUCGCGGCCGAAGACGUUCCAAGUUUGUCCUGUACAAACGCAGUGAACCCAGUGGUGUCAAACGUUCCAAACACUACAUUGUCCAAUCGCCACAAACAUCAAAAGCCAUACUCGAUGCCAAUCAACAUUCAAUAUCGUACACAUUAUCUCGCAAUCAAGCUGUCAUAGUCGAAUACAAAGAGGAUACGGAAACGGAUAUGUUUCAGGUUGGCCGCUCUUCAGAAUCACCCAUAGAUUUUGUGGUUAUGGACACACUGCCCGGUGACAAGAAAGAUGCAAAAGUAAUGCAGAGUACAAUAUCACGUUUUGCAUGUCGCAUUCUGGUCAAUCGAAGUGAACCCUCAAAAGCGAGAAUAUUUGCAGCCGGCUUCGAUUCGAGUAGGAAUAUUUUCUUGGGUGUAAGUAUGUAA